AUGACUUCUUCGACGGUAUGGCAACACUGUCAGAGCAAUAGGAAAUUGUAUAAUUUAGUUUAUGUUUUCAUCGUCUUUUAUGAAAUAAAUAAAUUAAAAUCGAGUAAAUACCUUUACAUAAUGGCGUUGCGCAUACUGAAGACCUUUAACCCGGUGGCAAGCCCACUGGCAACGACCAUGGUUGGCGUACAGAGGCAGGAGUUAAUUCACACAACGCCGGCGUGCUGUGAAAUCCGAAAAUUAGCCCGUUUGCGGGUGGUGGACAACAGUGAUCUGGGCAAAAAGGCAAUGGCCGAAGGACGUCCACCCAGAUGCAUUCAUGUAUACAACAAACGAGGAGUGGGCUUCAUCGGCGACAAAGUGCUGGUGGCCAUCAAGGGGCAAAUGAAGAAAGGCAUUCUCGUGGGACUCAAGCAAAAUCAAAAGCCCAAACAGCCCAAGUUUGAUAGCAAUAACUUGGUCCUGAUCGAUGAUAACGGCAGUCCCUUGGGCACUCGCAUCCAUGUGCCCAUCCCAACGAUCCUGCGCACCAUACUCAAAGAAAAAACACUAGCGAAGGGAGCCGAUUACACCAAGGUUCUGGCUAUCGCCAGUAGAUAUGUUUAAGUUCUUGGGGAUUCUUGAGAUCCCGCAUUUCUGUUGCUAAAUGAAUAAAGUUUAAACCAACUGAAA